UCUGGAUUUUUCAUUUCCGUAAAUUUAGCCGGGAUUUUUGACUACAGGAAAUGAGUGCACAAACAAUAUUGGAUGAAAAUAGCAGUUAAAUAAAAUAAAGAUAACCACAAAUGGAUCCGCUACUGCUAGAGCAACAGAAACCUCAAAUGACCAGUGUAUGGGCAGAGAGUCCUGUCAAACUAGUGUCCCCAGAAGUCUCAUUUCCAGGCUCUGUUCCUAUUUUUGGGCUACAAAGCAGCUGCCGCCUAUGCCUGGAAGAGCCCCAUCCCAGGCAAAUGCUGGACAUGACCGUCAUCUACGACCUUGAGGCGGGAUUGAGCUACUAUGACUGCUACGAGAUCUGCACCAAGGAAGAUCUGCUUCAGAGUCCCAGUCACGAGCCCAAAAGCUUAUGCAGCCGUUGUGCCGUGGAGCUGCGGUGGGCCUAUGAAUUCCACAAGAAGGUGGCCUACGCUAAUCAGCAGUUGCGGGAGAUAUUAGAGUCCAUAAAACCCGACGAAGACUUGGCAGAACAGGAACUAGAACUAGAGCCGAAACAUGGUGAGGCUAAAGAUCAAAUGGCUGAAAUGAAUGAAGAGUACUUGCUGGAGGAUAGCAGGGAGGAGGCAGACCUGGAACAUGUUACCUUUCAGGAGGAGCCCCAACUUGAGCAGGUUACCGUUGGCUUUGCCACCCUGGAGAAAAUCGCUCCCAGCCAGCGCUACAAGGGUAAAUUUAAUUGCGAUUUCUGCCAAAAGGAGUUCCAGAAUCAUUCCCGCAUGGCCAAACACCAGGCGAUUCACCUGACCGACCGACCCCAGUUUCCCUGCAAGCACUGCAACAGGUCCUAUCUCACCAGACGGGCUCUCAAGGUGCAUGUGGACGACAAGCACAUGCAGUCUGGAGUCUCUUGUGACAUUUGCGGCAAGGUCUUCUCUAUAGCCAAAGCUUUGGAGAUCCACAAAAGAUAUCACACGAAAGAGUUUCCUUUUGCCUGUGAUCUAUGCGAACGAAAAUUCGCCCAACGCUCGCACCUGAACGUCCACAGGCAGGUGAAGCACACAGGAUGUCGGUUCAUUUGCGAAUUCAGCGACUGCCGGAAGUCAUUUACUUCGUCUACGUCGCUAAGGAAUCACGAAUGGACGCAUACGGCGAUGCCAUUCGAGUGUUCCGACUGUCAGCAGAGUUUCCCAGCACGCAACAAACUGCGAGUGCAUCUGGAAAGGAAGCACAAGAAGCAAGUGGAUGUGGAGGAGCUGGAGGGGAUGCGCAAGUUUCACAUUACGCGCUCGAAGCUGGUUCUGGCAAAGAUAAAUGAAAAGGAAGGCUAGUAAUGGGGCUUCGUUAUUUUGCUUUUAAAUAUAUAUUUCUAUAAGUUGGAGUGAAUAAAAUAAGAGCU